AGGUUUUUGGAAGCUCGUUUCAUCAACUGCAUCGAUCGGGCUGCCGUGGCGGCGCAGUCGCGGGAAACUUUUUGCGCGAGAUGAUCGCGGCGCGCACUGGCGCGGCCGUCGUCGUAAAGCGGUGCGGUUCGCUCGACCCCGAGGAACACGAAGCGUCAACUACCCAGCGGUGACGCGAUCGCCCGCCAACUUCCCCCUAGGCUUCUGCGUCACACGCCGAGCCAAAGCCGCCGUACCAACGCGUAGCACCGCCGCCUCCAGCGACCAACGCCGCAGCCACGAACGGCGACACAAAAAGAGCGAGGAUACCGGCCCCGAAGAACGGGCCAAAAAGAGAGCCGGCCCCGCUACGCAGGCAGGCACACGAAUAUCCCGAGCACCACCGGCCCCAGCAGCGCAAGGGAACAUCCGCCGCCCUGGCUGCUGCGGGCAAGCCGCAGCAAGCAGAGCGCGCCAUUUGUAAGUGGCGCCCUCUCUGGCUGGGGCUCGCAAGCAGCCAUUGUGAUUUCGCCGAAAGGCGGUAAGUGCAUCAUCGUCGCACAUUGUCCGCGGCAGGGCUGACCAUCAGCUCCCACCGAGUCGGAGUUUUCUUUCUCGUUUCGAAAGCCUUUCCUGUCGCGGGUCUGCCCCGUGCACGGCGACACGACGAUGGGUCGCGACGCCAGCGCGAAGCGAUUCGAUGUCAGUCUCAAGCUUAAGGUGCUCGCGUACUACGACCAAGUGCGGAACAAAUACAAGGCGGCCAAAAUGUUCGGCGUCAGCGAGUGUUCGGUGAGGAACUGGAUCAAGGAGGAACACCGGCUGCGCGCCCUCUCGUCCCAGGGCGGAAGCAACGGCGUCCGAAAGACCCCGAAUCGCGCGGCCGAAACCCGGGCCCUGUUCGAGGCUUGCUUGGAACGCUACGUGCAGGACUGUCAGCAGCGCGGAGUCAAGGCCAGGUACCGCGAUCUGCUCGCGCACGCGGCGCAGCUGAAGAAAGUGCACGGAGUGCGCGGCCUCAAGCUGUCAAUCGACUGGGUGGCGCGUUUCGUGCGUGAGCGCAAGCUCGUCGGCAAGUGCGAGAGGCUGCCCAAGCACGCGGGCACCGCGUCUCCCGCCAACAACAGUGCCGGUUCGGCGGCAGCGCGCAAGAAGGGAGUGCCUCCGGCCGCGUCGUGUGGUUCGCGUUGCGCCAAAGGGUUGCCGCCGGCCAAGCACAACGCUGCACGGUCCCUCGUCAAGCGCGCCAUGGGUCAACUGUCAUCCAAGGCCGGUAAGACGACUUCUCCGACCACGGCGAAGCGAAAGGCUCCGACCACGGCGCACACCAAGGCGAAGCUGAAGUCGAAGGCGGUGUCGUCAAAGGCUUCCAAAGGCAGCGACGGUAAGGUGACCAAGGCCUUGUCGAAAAACAAACCGACGAAGAAGGCGACAAAGACGGGCAGCGAACUGAAAAAGACCGUUCUGACCAAGGUAAAGAAGGCUGCCAAUAAAACAAAAACGAAAUUGGCUGCCGCGGCGAAAAGGGGCCCGAACACAAAGUCAAAACUGCCGCCUGUCAAAAAAACGAAAACACAGAGGGCCAAAAGUGCAGCUAUCGUGGCAAAGUACAAAAAGUGUCUUUUAAAGAAAGCCAGCCAGAAGCAGAAGUUAGGAAAGCUGAAAAAUACCGUCACUUUGAAAAAGAAGGUCCGAAAAGAAGCAAAAAGUUUAAAGCACAAACAAAAAGUAGUCAGGAAAUCUGACAAGGUUGUGAAGGCAAGCAAAGGCAAACAGUGCUCAAAGGCUGAACACAAUGUGGUUGUAGCAAAAAAAAUGAAAAUCGAGAAAGAAAAGAACAUAAAGCCUGAGAAAAAAGUAAUGACCAUAAACAAGGUAGUCAGUAAAAGCUUAAAGAAAGCUAAAGAAACAGUCAAUCGUGCCAAAAAGCCUGCCGACAAAGCUAGCUCACCUUCAAAACAGUCCGUGCAGAAGGUGAAGAAGCUGCCCACGAAAAAUACGAGACCAAAGAGGCAACCGAUAAAGGUGUUUCGUACCCGGUAUCGUAUUAAAGAAAUGCACAGGAGGAUUGAAGAAAACAGAUCUUCAGACUUCUUUGAUUUCUUUUAUGGCUUGGGCCUUAUACCAAUCAAUAGAGAUGCGGAUGGUACAAACUCUCUCUACAUCCCCUUCAUCCCGGGAUCACCAAAGAUUUAUGAUAACACCAAGUACCUCUGCAACAAGGAAAGCCCACUCAGGUCAAGCACGUCUGACCUAAGUAAUUGUCAGCCCUCGCCCCACACUCAGCUUCCCUCAAAGUACCCCAUCUGGACUCCUGUGAGGACAAGCACGAUCCACGACCCUUGCUCGUCUCAGAGUGGCAACCCUUGGCGAACAAGCCCACGAGCGCGUGAGGAGCACAUAAUCACUGACAGGUUCACGCAGUCCAAGUCGCCAGAGGAUGCCGUCUUUGCAGAAAAGUUCCACAAGGCAAGUCUGAAAUCCGAGGCUGCCCUCUCGCCGGGUGAAUCGCCAAUCACUCCAGAGCAGUUGGCGGUGGUACGAAAGCUAUUUCCUCCCAUCGGAAGCUUGACGUUCCCAAGUCAGCGCAGGGCGCCGGAUAGCCAAGUGACAUUCAACGAGCCUUUGAAGGCCUCGGAACGAAGUUUGCGGCCACGCACCUCUGAGCAGACACAGCGGCUGAGCCUGUGCUUUCGCAAGCGCCACUACCAGAAACGAAAAAGGACCCUCUCUGAGCCGUCACGGUCUCCCGAAAGACGUCCAAACGGCCCUUCAGUGAGUGACAUUGACUGGUUAAGUGCUGAUGGGUUUCCCAGCUCUGCAAAGAAAAGCUGUCCAGGAGGGAGCAGCCCUGUCUACUCCUUCGGCGAGACGCGGCACUGUUUCCGCAAGGAGCACUUUGAGGAUAGUGCUUGCCCACCGCACAUGCCGACCAGCGGGAUAUGUGGGAACAGUCCAAGGACAGCGGUUUGCACCCCGAGCAAUGACAGACCUGCAAGCUGUCUGUUCGACAGUGCCAAACACGUCGGUAGGGCCAUGCCAGCUAGCCCCAAAGCCACAUCAUCCAGCGAAGGCAAGGAUCUGUUCUUUGGCCAGGCAAAUAGACUGGCUACACUGAGAAAAAAACAAGACAGAAAUGAACCUGUGAUGCACAAUGCGAAAGGUCACCAGGACUAGUAGUUGCUUGCACCAAAGAAUGUUUCCUCAGCCAUGCUGAAAGAGCCUCCUUGGGCUUUGUUGUAUAGUGUACACAGUGACUGAUUAACUAGUAAGCCUUCAGCUUGCCUGGUAAAACCACAAGUGCUGAGCGAUUACACCAAGCACUGCAUAGGAAUCCAGAAAAUAUGCAGAAAUACUGGCUUUCUGCCAUUACACACAAGAUGUUUUAUCUUCAGAGAAUGUUUAGCCAGUAUCGGACUGCACGCAUUUUGCUUGCUCAAUGCUUGCUGCAAUCUUGUCCAUGCCCUUGUUGAUACUGGUGAUUCUGCAAAUCCUGUCAAGGAGCGGAACUGUCCCUUGAUCAAUGAAUUAGCAACAUUUAUGUAUAUUUCAAGAGAUGAUGUGCAGCACGAUCUUUCGAAACUUUAGGUAGAAGUGCCAUUGAUGCCAGGAAUGUUACGUACAUUCCAAGUUUGCCACGUCUGGCAGUGUUAUGUAACUUUCCAGCCACAGAAUGUCGCCAGCCGAAGUGAAAAGUGUACCCUAGCUCUGAAACUGUUAAGAGGCACAUUGUUACCUGCGCAAAUUGUACAGGACUGUCACAUCCAAGUGAAACACUAUGUGUAGCUGCCUUAGGUCCUCGCUCUGCAGCUGAAUGAAAUGUAAAAACGCAAUUAAGUGAACAUCUCUAAUGUGCCACAAUGUCUUCCCUGUCCCUCCUGCCAGCCUUUCAUCUUUCCAUUGUCUUCUCUAAAGCUUUGCAAGUGCAAGUUACAUAUUGAUAUAUUGCACAGGUAACAAAAUGCUCUGAAGCACUAUUUUUCCUCACUUUAGUGGAAGUUAAAUGGGAUCCACUGUUGCAAGCGUGCAUUGGUUGGCAGAGAAUAUGCGACUUCCACGUUGUAAAUAGCUAUACAAAUUUUGUGAUCUCUUGCAGAAAUCGUGAAACAGGGACAUAUCUUCCAUAUUCUGAAUUGUGCAGUUGUUUGAAGUGGACUGAAUGUGUGUGUGGUGUGUGUGCGUGCAAGCAGACUCCAAACAUGCAAAUGCUGUUCAACUUGCUCGAUAAAAACAGUGGCUGUACAUAAUGCAUGAAUAGGAAUAUGAGGACACUGGACUAUGCACGCUUUUGUGCUUGCCAGACACAGCUGUCAGCAGUACUAAAUCUUCGUGCGACUUGUAGCAAUAAGUGACUUGAGUUACAGGUUGUUUUGAAUGCUUAUGACACACUGUCAAAGCUAUCAAGCUGUUUCGAGUUGACUUUUGACUCGUGCAGAGAUUGUGUGAAAAUUCCUUGUCAAUUCCCGACUUGCAUUUUUUUACGCAGUGCAGUGUCGUGGCUAGUUGACAAGGUGUUGCGUCUACCUCCCUGAAUGCAUUGUGACUCUGAGACGAUGUUGUGCUCAUCACUACGACACUGAUUUAAUGAGCACUCUCAGCAAAGCUCUUUCUGCAUGAUUUUUUCAUUUUUUUUGCAAGAGUGGGAAUGGUUUUGUAUAUACACAGCCCUUGUUUCUCUCCUUGGGCCUUACUUAAAUAUGCGUUUGUCGCUAAUACCACAAGGUACAAAAGUGUGUUUUCCCUCGAGAGGUUUUCAACGAUCAGUUUUAUCCCUGUGGCUGUAACCUCUGGCCACACUUUUGCACAAAUAAAGAUGGUUCAUUCUUGUA